ACAGUUGGUUAAGGUUUAAUUAAACCAUGGCUACAUCUGAUGUUUGUGAUAUAUUGGAACUAAAAGGGGAAGAAACAAAAUCAAUCACUAAAGCUAGCAUCAUAAAAGCUGCACAGAAGAAGAAAGUAAAACAAAAAGAAAAUGCAUUUAAAAGGCCGGAAGGCAUGCAUAGGGAGUUGUAUGCAUUGUUGUACCAUGACAACAUGGAUAAGCCACCGCUGUUGCCCGUUGACACUCAACCAAGUUACAACACCGCGAAGGCCAAGCUAGGGUGUAGCGUUGUGCGACCAUGGAGGUGGAUGCCCUUUUCUAAUCCUGCUCGCUCCGAUGGGGCUGUGUUUCAUCACUGGAGGAGAGUGGAGGAUGAAGGAAAGGAUUAUUCGUUCGCUAAGUUUAAUAAAACCAUCCAAGUUCCAGUUUACUCAGAGCAGGAGUAUCAUCAGUAUUUAUCGAGGGAUGACUGGUCAGAGGAAGAGACGGAUCAUCUUUUUGAUCUUUGUCGAAGAUUUGAUCUUCGUUGGCAUGUUAUAUUUGAUCGGUUUGAUCAUGUGAGGUUCGGAAAGGAACGUCCACGUAGUUUGGAAGAUAUUAAGGAUCGUUAUUACACUAUCUGUAACAGUUUGAAGAAGAUGAGGAGCAACCCAGGUGAGGUUGUGGAUGAGGUCGUGUUUGAUGCGGAUCAUGAAAGGAGGAGACGGCAGCAACUGAUGCGGUUGUUUGCGAGGACACAAGAGGAGGUUGAAGAGGAAGCGAUGUUGAUCCAAGAGAUGAAGAGAAUCGAAGCGAGGAAGAGAGAAAGAGAAAAGAAGUCUCAGGAUCAUCAAAAGUUGAUCGCGUUCGAUUCAUCAAGAAGAGUCGAACGAAAAGCAACGAAGAAGAAAUUAUCGAUUGGUCAAUCGAAGAAGGAUGUUGGAGAUGAUAAAGCAGAGAUGACUUACGGGAUUAAGUUCCCUGAUUAUAAAGGUCCGGGUGUAAUGUUGCGUUCGCAAGCCAUGAAACUACCAAAUGCAGUCGGGCAGAAGAAAAUCAAGUCAUUAGAGUUAUUGCUGAAUGAAUUAAAGGUAGAACAACAGCCAAUGCCAACUGAUGCUGUGGUGCAGUUGUUUAAUAAGUUGCGAAGUGAAAUGGUGUAUUUAUACGACCUUAAAGUGGCGUAUGCUAACUACGAGAUGGAACUACAGACACUACGUUAUAGAUGGGACGCAUUAGCACCUGGCUUGUUACCCCCUAUACAAGACCUUGGGACUUUAUCGAAUAUUUCAAGCGUUUUAAAUGUGAAGCAAACCACAGAAGUAACAACAGACACGGAUGCAAACAAUCCAAAGAUAGAUUCAGCUUCAGAACAAUUAAUUGACGUUGAAUGUCCUUCACCCUCCACAACUAAAUCACUUGUAUAACUUUCCGUGCAAUCUUGGCAAUCAUACUUUGACACGAUAGUAUCGGGCUACAUGUAUUAGACAUUUAGAUCGAAAAAAAAAACUAUUUCCAAAACUACAUUUUACUCAACUUUUGUUUUCACAAAAUUCAAAAUACUUUACUUAUUGUUAUAAAACUACCAUAGAAAUAUUAAGUUAACACCUAAACGCUGCUAUUUUUAUGUUUCAUCAAUUUACACAAAUUGUUUCUGCUGCCAAAACACCCAUGUAAUGAUGUGAUUUUUACUAGGGGUCUAACGUCUAAUACUUAAAGUUUUAAGUAUUUUAAUAGAAGUGAAAAAAUGAAGUGGUGACAUCAUCAAAGCACCAUUGAUGACAUCACAGAUAAUGUUCCUUUUUUUCUAGAA